CCCCAAUUCCGAUGCUUUGAAAACAGAUCUCCGCUGUAAUAAUAAACAAGGGUUACCUAAAAUCGAAUUGGAACCCUAAUCAUUUACCCAAUUCCCAUUUCUUCUCUAUUUCCUGUAACCCUACCCAAUCGGAAACAAUCACUCUUCAUUUCAAUCCGUGUACGGGUCUAUCAGCAGUUGCUAGCUCAGAAUGGUUGGGUGAAUUGGGAUUAGGCUAUGGAGUCAUCGAAAGAUACUCAACUGAUGGAAGUCGCAGCAUCUCCUGCGCCGACUUCGUAUCAGGCCUUGUUGGAUGAGCAGAAGGAUCUUUUCCAGAAUCAGAUCGAGAAGCUGCAACAGAUUGUUGCCACCCAAUGCAAACUCACCGGUGUCAAUCCCCUUUCUCAGGAGAUGGCUGCUAGUGCCUUGUCCAUUAAAAUUGGAAAGAGGCCUAGGGAUUUGCUGAAUCCCAAGGCUGUAAACUACAUGCAACUCGUGUUCUCUUUGAAAGAUGCAAUUAGCAAGAGGGAAACUCGGGAGAUAAGUUCCCAGUUUGGAGUUACUGUGACUCAGGUUCGGGAUUUCUUUGCUGGGCAACGAACUAGAGUGAGAAAGUUUGUCAGAUUGUCUAGAGAGAAAGCUAAUACAUCUGCCUAUGGUUUGAUGCAUGAUGUAAUUGCUACCACUUCAAAUUUGGUUAUUCCUGCUGAACCCAUUCCUUUAGCCACAGUUGGUGUACCCGUUCCUUUAGAUACAGUUGGUGAACCCGUUCCUUUAGCUACAGUUACUGAACCCAUUCCUUUAGCCACAGUUGGCGAACCCGUUCCUUUAGAUACAGUUGGCGAACCCGUUCCUUUAGCUACAGUUACUGAACCCAUUCCUUUAGCUACAGUUGCUGAACCUAUUCCUUUAGCCACUGUUGUUCCAACACGUAUUGAUGAAGGGUCUUCUAGUUCAAAGAGGCAUGAGGAUUUACCUGGCCUGGUUGAUUCAGAGAAGCAUUUUAUUGAUAAUAUAUUUGGCUUAAUGAGGAAAGAAGAAUCAUUCUCUGGUCAGGUUAAAUUGAUACGCUGGAUUUUGCGUAUAACAAAUCCGUCAGUGCUGAAUUGGUUUUUAGCUGAAGGUGGAUUGAUGAUAUUGGCAACAUGGUUAAGUGAAGCAGCUACAGAAGAACAGACAAGUGUUUUGCUUGUUAUCCUCAAGUUGUUUGAUUUUUUGCCUAUAAGCAAGGCUCUCCCUGGGCAUAUGUCUGCUAUAUUGCAGAGUGUUAAUAAGCUGCGGUUUUACAGAGCAGCAGACAUAUCAAACAGGGCUCGGUCUAUGUUAUCAAAAUGGAGCAAGAGGCUGGGAAAGAACCUAUCGUCAAAGAAAAACGAUGGACUGAAAUCAGCAAGUGAUUUACUGGAUGAGAUGUUGUUGAAGCAGAGCAUUAGUGAAGUUAUGGGUAAUGAGUCAUGGGACUUAAAAAGGGAAAAUCCCGAAGAUGUUUUGAGGUUCAUGUGUGAGAAUCCUGAUUCCCAUAGGAAGCUGGACACUGCUCAGCCUCUAAAAAUGCUUACAGCAUCAGGAGAUGACUCCAAUAAAAGGAGAGGUGUUUACCCACCCCAAACACGAGAGCGUCGUAAAGUCCAGUUGGUAGAGCAUCCAGGUCAAAGGGUGGCUGUAAGGAGUCCCCAGGUUGCAAGAUCAAUGGGUGUUACUCAGAGCCGCCCACUCUCGGCUGAUGAUAUUCAAAAAGCAAAGAUGCGUGCUCAUUUUAUGCAGAAUAAAUAUGGAAAGACAAUUACACCUGAUGAAAAAAUUAAGUCAGAAAGUGAGAAACGAAAGUCUGAAAGUGAGAAUAAGUUGACCACAGCUAGUCCAAAUGCCAGUGUAGUGACAUUAGUUUCCAAAGCCAAUGUUCAGAUAGAACUUGAGGAACAGACAAAUGUUGACGAUUCUUUAUCUUUACUUUCUAAUCCAUGUGAAACUUCUUUGAAAUUGGAGGAGCCUCCACGGAAAAAGUACAAGAGAAUUCAGAUCUCAUGGAAGAUGCCUCCAGAAUUGAAAAUCGACGAGACAUGGAGUGUCGGUGAAGGUGCUAAUAGCAAAGAAGUUGAAGUCCAAAAUAGCAGAAAUAGACGCGAGAGAGAAGUAUUUUAUAGGAUAAUACAGGAAAUUCCAUCCAACCCUAGAGAACCUUGGGACCGUGAAAUGGACUGUGAUGAUUCAUUAACCCCUGAAAUCCCCAUCGAGCAACUGCCCGAUGUUGAACCCCUAGAAUCACCAGCCAAUCCUCCACACAAUAGCUGCAAAAUUAUUGCUCCAGCAUCGUCUGAGAGUAUAAAUGAGCCUGAUUUUGAGCUACUAGCAGCAUUAUUGAAAAACCCAGAAUUGGUUUUUGCCUUGACUUCUGGGCAAGCUGGUAAUCUAUCUAGUGAAGAGACCGUCAAACUGCUUGAUAGAAUCAAAGCCAACGGCGUGAAUUCGUUGGGUAAUUUAGCCAACAAUACGGUUGAAGUUUCCCUGCCAUCUCCAACACCUUCAAGCGACCCUGUUCCGAAUGGAGCGAAGCCCGACUUCUCAAGAAAUCCAUUUUCUCGGCAGCAGCAGCAGGGCUUGGCCAAUGGGAUCGCAUACGGAGUUUCUCAAGCCCGGCAGCAAGGUAUGGUUUCAGCGAUUCCGGCCGCCACAAUUUUGACUCCUCAGCGUUCAGCAUCACUCCAACAGUAUUCUCACAAGGUGGCGCCUCAGCUUGCCUCAGUUCAGUUGCCUGAACAGUGGCAGCCACACACUAAUCCACAAAUGCACCACCUAAAUAGUCAUAAUUCAUCAAACGCACAACAUUUUACCUCAGAAAUGGCUAUCCCGAACCGGGGUCCAUCCCCGGCUAUCUGGGGCGAAGCCUCAGGCCUGUCUCGGUCAGCCACGCCACCAAAUACUUUGAGAGCAAGACAGGGUUUUGAGUCGAAUUAUCAGUAUCAAAGUAAUCCUAGUGCGAAUUACCACCAUGGCUAUUCGGGAGGGCAUCCAUCAUCAUCCUCAGGUACCUGGGGUGGUAGAAGUAGGCGUGAAUACGAGUCAUGGAGCCCGGACCACAGCCCCUCCAGGCGCCACGAGUAUGUACCAGGCCAACGCCAUAAUGAGCCGAGCUUGAGCUUGAGGAAUGGGUACAGGCAUGGAAAGACGACACAGCAAGAUUUUGUUCAGCAUUCCGGUUAUCAAGAUGCUGGAAGUAAAAGGGGGCAAGAUCGGAGAAGAUAGCAGUGAUUGGAUUGGUUUGUAAGUGAGAGACGCAGAAUGGGGUAAAGUGCAAUUUGUACGGAUGUAGAAUUAGAGCAAUUUUGUUGCUGAAAUAUUUAGGCGUGUGGUGGGGAUGAUAAAGCUAUCAAGCUUUGCGAUUGAAUUUCUCAAUUCUUUCUAACAAAAUGGUUUAUUGUGAAUGAAGGGAUGUUUGUUUC